AUGGGUCCCUGUACGGCCUCCCAUUGCUGCUGUCUCCAUCACCACACUCUGCCAUGUGCCACUUUCAGGUCUCCUCACACUGCUGGUGGGUUCCAUUUUGUCAUAGGGUUGCUGUAUGGCCUCCCAUUGCUGCUGCCUCCACCGCCACACUGUGGCUCCAAACACUGGUUUUGGCCCCGUGACUGCCCAAAUGUGUGAAGUGUGCGGGUGAUUCUAAGAUCGACGGCACUCAUCUGCAUGUCAUACUGACUGACAGUAUUAUUUCUCUUCCCCAGCAGACUCCAAGGGCAUUUAAAUUAAAGGUACAGUGUUCUGCACUAAUAUUA